AUGAAGGGAGUAAGAGACCUCAGAUAUGUGCUGGUUCUCAAAGACGACUUCAGUGGUUACGUUUGGCUGCGUCCUACACGAGAAGCCGACGCCGAUACAACUGCACAGGCUUUGCUAGAUUGGUUUGCUUCUUUUGGAGUUGUUUACCACUGGGUUUCGGACAGAGGAACACACUUUAAGAAUGAGGUCGUGCGAACUUUGCGCGAGCAGACAGGAGGAUCUCACCACUUCACAUUAGCAUAUUGCCCUUAG